CAGGUCCUUGUCCCGCUUACAUGCGGAGCGAUGAAAGACAGAAAAUGGUAGCUACUUGGGAAUACAUUCAGUGCCUCCAGCUGAGGGAUUUUUUUUUUUUGUAGAGGCGACAGCGGUGGGGGAGGUGAAAUGACUGAUUUAUUUGAUCCUGUGCUUGUACAAAGCGUGUCUUGCGGGAGCGCACAUCACCGACAAGCGGAACAGUCGCUGCUUGAUAGCAGUACCACAAUUGCAUUCUGCCGCCGAGACAGGUAAAACCCCGGUAGCAAAAUAUUCCUCUGACGGCGACUGACAGGCCGGCCCACAGAACUCGGCAGGUUUCUGAAUUCUGUGCCGUCCCAGCGCUGCGCCCGCCGAGAAAAGAGAAAAAGCGCUAAGCUCGGCGUCUUCAGCCCAGUUGGGAAGAGCUCUUUAUGGAAAUACGAGAAGAGUCUUUUGGCAAUGUGUGCACGCACCCUACCCUGCACGCAUACGCGUGCAUAGCUCACACCUGUGAAGGCGGCUCGUCUCCUUUGAUUCACGUACAGUAUCUCGCGGAUGCUCCACCGCGCACUCCCGAAUCCAAAUCUCCCCCUCCGUGAGGCGCCGCUUUGAGCGAACCAAAGCGGUCUGAAAUAGACGUGGCUGGCUGCUCCUUCCUUCUCUCCCACUCUCUCUCUCUCUCGGAGACGGGAUGCUUGGCACAGAUGCCGUGUCGCUCGUAGCGUCGUUUAAAGCACAGGGAGCGUGUGUGCGCUUCGCACAGGUCGAUUGAGCACGCCGGCUGGGAAUUCUGUCACGCAUUAAACAAGGGUAUUGAGUCGUGGGGGGGAGAGGUACACAAGCUUCUUUGCAGUCCACAUCGCGGCUUCGCCUGUGUGUUUAUGGUUCCGUGUUUUUCUGUAUAUUGCCAUUGGUGGCGAGCCUGACAGCCGAAAGCCGGGCUCAGGAUGCUGCCGGGAGGAAGCGGCAGCAGGCUCAACCCGUGAAUCCGACUUCUUCGCUCGCUGAUAUAGAUUACACGAGUGGCGGCUUGCGGGAUCUCGGCCGGGGAUUUGGAGAAGGGAGGGCGAGUGGGAACAGGCGUCAUGGCCAGUGCCUCCACAGACCUGGAUAACGCGGAGCUCAACAACAACAACCGGCCCGCCCCCAGCACGGAGCAGGCAUGGGACGCGGAGAGCACCACCGCCAAGCUGUUCGAGUGCUCGCGGAUCAAAGCACUGGCAGAUGAGCGUGACGCAGUCCAGAAAAAGACUUUCACCAAAUGGGUGAACUCUCACUUGGCGCGGGUGUCCUGCCGAAUUGCCGACCUCUACAAUGACCUGCGGGACGGCUACAUGCUCACCAGACUCCUGGAGGUGCUAUCAGGAGAGCCCCUGCCCCGGCCCACGCGAGGACGCAUGCGGAUCCACUGCCUGGAGAACGUGGACAAGGCCCUGCAGUUCCUCAAGGAGCAGAGGGUGCACCUGGAGAACGUGGGCUCCCACGACAUCGUCGACGGCAACCACCGCCUCACCCUGGGCCUCAUCUGGACCAUCAUCCUUCGCUUCCAGAUCCAAGUCAUAAAGAUUGAGACUGAGGACAAUCGAGAGACACGCUCAGCCAAAGAUGCUCUCCUGCUGUGGUGCCAGAUGAAAACUGCAGGGUACCCAGAAGUGAACAUUCAAAACUUCACUACCUGCUGGAGAGAUGGUUUGGCUUUCAACGCACUGAUCCACAAACACAGGGCAGACCUGAUUGAAUUUAAUAAGCUGACCAAAUCGAAUGCCACGUACAAUCUACAGCAAGCCUUCAACAUUGCAGAACAGAACCUAGGACUUACAAAAUUGCUGGACCCUGAAGACGUGAACACAGAGAACCCUGAUGAGAAGUCUAUCAUCACCUAUGUGGUGUCCUUUUACCACUACUUCUCCAAAAUGAAAGCGCUGGCUGUGGAAGGAAAGAGAAUUGGAAAGGUUCUGGACAAUGCGAUCGAGGCGGAGAAGAUUAUCGAGCGCUAUGAAGACCUAGCCUCGGAGCUGCUGGAGUGGAUCGAGAAGACCAUUGGGAUCAUUAGCAACCAGAAGUUUGCCAACUCCCUCGCUGGAGUCCAGCAACAGCUGCAGGCCUUCACCACCUACUGCACCAUUGAGAAGCCCAACAAAUUCCAGGAAAAGGGUAACCUGGAGGUCCUCCUCUUCACAAUCCAAAGCAAACUAAGAGCCAACAACCAGAAACCAUAUGUGCCUAAAGAGGGGAAAUUGAUCUCUGACAUCAACAAGGCUUGGGAGAGGCUGGAGAAGGCGGAGCAUGAGAGGGGCGUGGCACUGCGGACCGAGCUGAUUCGCCAGGAGAAGCUGGAGCUCCUCGCCCAGCGGUUCGACCACAAGACCACCAUGAGGGAGGCCUGGCUCAACGAAAACCAGAGGCUCGUCUCGCAGGAUAACUUCGGCUACGACCUGCCCGCGGUGGAGGCGGCCAUGAAGAAGCACGAGGCCAUCGAGGCGGACAUCUCGUCGUACGAGGAGCGGAUCGGCGUGGUGGUGGAGCUGGCGACCGAGAUGGAGGAGGAGAACUACUACGACAUCCGGCGCAUCGCGGCCCGCAAGGACAACAUCCUGCGGCAGUGGGGCCUCCUGAAGGAGCUGGUGAGCGGGCGCAGGACGCGGCUGGAGAAGAACCUCGUCCUGCAGAAGACCUUCCAGGAGAUGGUCUACAUGAUAGACUGGAUGGAAGACAUGCAGGUGCAGCUCCUGUCCAAGGAUUUCGGCAAGCACUUGCUGGAGGUGGACGAUCUCCUCCAGAAACACGGGCUGCAGGAAGCAGACAUCGCUGUCCAAGCUGAGAGAGUGCAGACGCUCAAUGCGGCCGCCCUCAAGUUCGCCAAUAUUGAAGGCUACCAGCCCUGCGAUCCUCAGGUGAUCUGUAACCGCGUCAAUCACGUCAGCACCUGCCUGGAGGAGCUCAAGCAGCUGGCAGCCAAGCGCCGCGCAGAGCUGGAGGAGUCGCGGCAGCUCUGGGCUUUCUUCCAGGAGGUGGAGGAGGAAGAGGCCUGGAUCCGGGAGAAGCUGUCCAUCCUGGCCUCGCAGACCUAUGGGAAGGAUCUGAGCAGCGUGCUGGGGCUCCUUAACAAGCACAAGGUCCUGGCCGGGGAGCUGAUGGGUCGGCGCACCUUACUGCAGCAGACCAUGAAGAAGGGCAAGCAGAUCCUGACCCAGAAGUGCUUCGGGACAGGGCGGAUCCAGGAGAAGAUCAUGGAGGUCAAAGCAGAGUGGAAAAAGCUGGAAGACCAGGCCAGGCAGCGGCUCAGCAACCUCCAGGAGGCCCUGAACUACUUCCAGUUCAACGCCGAGACGGACGACCUGCUGGUGUGGCUGCAGGACACCUACCGCCUGGUCUCCAGUGAGGACUUCGGCCACGAUGAGUACUCGACCCAGUCCCUGCUGAAGAAGCACAAGGGCGUGCGGGAGGAGAUCGAGACGCACCGGCUGCAGGUGGUGGCGCUCCGCAAGCACAUGGUGAGCCUGACCCUGCAGUACCGCGAGCUGGACGAGGUGCAGGCCCGCAUGGCUGAGGUGGAGCAGCUCUACACGGAGGUGGCCGAGGUCUCGGUGCUGCGCCAGCAGUGGCUCCUGGACGCCCUGGCCGUCUACCGCAUGUUCAGUGAGGUGAACGCCUGCGAGGUGUGGAUUGACGAGAAGGAGCAGUGGCUGAACAAGAUGGAGAUCCCCGAGAGGCUGGAGGAUGUGGAGGUUGUGGCCCACAGGUUUGAGAGUCUGGAUCAGGAGAUGAACAGCCUGAUGGGCCGCAUUCUGGACGUCAACCAGAUUGUCCAGCAGCUGCUGGACAGUGGACACCCCAGCUCGGCAGAGGUGCGGGGCUGCCAGGACCACCUCAACAGCAGGUGGAACUGCAUCGUGGAGCUGGUGGAGCACAAGAAGGACAACCUUAACUCUAUUCUCCGCAUCCAGAACUACCUGCUGGAGUGCAACGAGAUCAAAUCCCAAAUCCAGGAAAAGAGGAAAGCCAUUGAGACCACCCAGUACACGGGAAGUGACCUGGGGGGGGUGCUGGCCUUGCAGAGGAAGCUCUCCACAAUGGAGGGCGCCCUGGCUGUCCUGGAGCCCAAGCUGAUCCGGCUGCAGCAGGAGGCGGAGGAGUUGGCAGGCACCCAUCCAGCUCAGGCCAUGGAGAUCCUGGUCCAGUUUGAGGAGAUCAGCGUGGAGUGGGAGGAGCUGAAGAGGACCUUGCAGGGCUGUGAGGACUCGUUGACGGUGGCCAGCAGGCUCCAGCAGUUCAUCCAGGACUUGGACAACUUCCUGACCUGGCUGGUCCAAACCCAAACAGCCGUGGCUUCCGAAGACCUGCCCAACACCCUGGAGGAGGCCGAGCUUCUCAUCAACCAGCACGCCACCCUCAAGGAGGAGAUUGGACGCUACGAGGAGGAUUACGACCGCAUCCAGUCCGUCAACAAGUUCCUGGCCCUGGAGGAGGCCCAGGUGCCUUACAUCUCCCUGCAGCAGUGGCUGCAGAAGCUGGACGUUGGCUGGAACAAGCUCCUGGAGAUGUGGGAAAGCCGGAGGGAGGUCCUUGUCCAGUCUCACAUCUUCCACCUCUUCCUGCGUGACGUCAAGCAAGCCGAGUCAGUCCUGAACAACCAGGAGUCGGCACUGGCCCACGUGGAGCUCCCCGCCACAGUGGAGACGGUGGAGGGAGCCAUCAAGAAGCACAAGGAUUUCAUCACCACCAUGGAGCUGAACCUGCAACGGAUUAAAGCCGUGAUCGAGGCUGGGGAGAGCCUGAUCAGCCAGGGCAACAUCUAUUCCGAGCGCAUCAGCGAGAGGAUCGAGACCAUCGCCAACAGGAGCACACAGAACAGGGAACAAGCCCAGGAGUGGCUGCACAGGCUCAACGACCAGUGGGAGCUGCAGAGGUUCCUGCAGGACUGCCAUGAGCUGGACGAUUGGGUGGCUGAGAAGAUGCUGAUGGCCCGCGACACAUCUCGGGAUGAGGCGCAGAAGUUGCACAAGAAAUGGCUGAAGCACCAGGCGUUCAUGGCAGAACUGGCCCAAAAUAAAGAGUGGCUGGAGAAGAUUGAGAAGGAGGGCCAGCAGCUGAUCCAGGAGAAGCCGGAGUUGGGCGCCAUCGUACGCCGGAAGCUGGAGGAGAUCAGGGAGUGCUGGCUGGAACUGGAGAGCACCACACAGGCCAAAGCCCGCCAACUCUUUGAAGCCAACAAGGCCGAGUUGCUGGUGAAGAGCUACAGCGACUUGGACCAGCAGCUCUCACAGCUGGAGGGCCAACUCACCCACCUGGAUCAGGGCAGGGACCUGACCAGCGUCAACAAACAGCUGAAGAGGCUCCAGAGCAUGGAGAACCACAUGGAGGAGUGGUACAAGGAGGUGGGCGAGCUGCAGGUGCAGGCCGCUUCCAUCCCCCAGCAGGGGGCGGUGAAGGAAAACGUGGCUGACAAGCAGAACGUGGUGGAGACCCGGAUCGUGCGCCUCAUCGAGCCGCUGAAAGAGAGGAGGCGCAUCCUGCUGGCCUCCAAGGAAGUGCAUCAGGUCAGCCGGGACCUGGAGGAUGAAAUAAUUUGGGUUCAGGAGAGGCUGCCAAUGGCCACUUCCAAAGAGCAUGGAAACAGCCUUCAAGCAGUGCAACAGCUCAUGAAGAAAAACCAGAGUCUGCAGCGUGAGCUCCAUGGCCAUCGGGCACGAAUAGAGGACGUGCUGGAGAGGGCGGGGCUCAUCGCUUCCAUCCGCAGCCCGGAAGCCGACUGCGUGCGGGCCAGCCUGGAGCACCUGCGGAUGGUGUGGGACGCCCUGCGCAUGGAGACGGAGAGGCGCCAGCUGACCCUGGACGCCAUGUACCAGGCGCAACAGUACUACUUUGACGUAACCGAGGUGGAGGCCUGGCUGAGCGAACAGGAGCUCCACAUGAUGAACGAGGAGAAAGGCAAGGAUGAACCCAGCACCCUCCAGCUGCUCAAAAAGCACCUUGUUGUGGAACAGACCAUCGAGGAUUAUGCCGAGACCAUAGGCCUCCUCUCUCAGCAGUGUAGGCAGCUGCUGGAACUGGGGCAUCCAGACAGCGAGCAGAUCAGCAAAAGGCAGUCCCAGAUCGACCGGCUGUACGUCUCGCUCAAAGACCUGGUGGAGGAGCGCAAGUCCAGGCUGGAGCAGCAGUACUGGCUGUACCAGCUGAACCGAGAGGUGGACGAGCUGGAGCAGUGGAUCGCCGAGCGGGAAGUGGUGGCCGGGUCCCCGGAGCUUGGGCAGGAUUUUGAGCACGUCUCGAUCCUGCAGGAGAAGUUCACAGAGUUUGCCUCGGAGACGGGCAACCUGGGGCAGGAGCGCGUGACGGCCGUCAACCAGAUGGUGGACGAGCUGAUCGACUACGGCCACGCGGACGCGGCCACCAUCGCCGAGUGGAAGGACGGCGUGAACGAGGCCUGGGCGGACCUCCUGGAGCUCAUGGAGACGCGGGCACAGAUGCUGGCUGCCUCGCACCAGCUGCACAAGUUCUUUGCCGAUUGCCGUGAGGUGCUGGCACAGAUUGAGGACAAGCAGAAGAGGCUUCCUGAGGUGCGGGCACGACAGGGGGGCACUGCCAACACCAGCACCCUCCAGAGACUCAUGCACAACUUUGAACAUGACAUCCAGCUGCUCGUCACUCAGGUGAGACAGCUGCAGGAGAGCGCGGCGCAGCUCCGCACGGUAUACGCUGGGGAGAAGGCCGAGGCCAUCGCGGGGAAGGAGCAGGAAGUGAUGCUGGCCUGGAAGGAGCUGCUGACCUCCUGCGAGGAAUGCCGGGUGCAGAUCACCACAACGACGGACAAACUGCGCUUCUUCGGCAUGGUGCGGGACUUGGUCACGUGGAUGGAUAGCAUCAUCUGCCAGAUAGGGACCAAGGAGAAGCCAAGGGAUGUCUCCUCCGUGGAGGUGAUGAUGAACUACCACCAGAGCCUGAAGAGUGAGAUCGAAGCGCGCAGCAGGAGCAUGAUGCAGUGCGUGGAAAUGGGCAAGACGCUCCUGGCAGCCAGGAAUCCGGCGGCAGAGGAGAUCAAGGAAAAGUUGGAUAAGCUCAUCUCAAAGCAGAAGGAGCUCUCUGAGAAAUGGGAUAAGCACUGGGAAACGUUGCAGCACAUGCUGGAGGUGCACCAGUUUGCCCAGGAGGCCGUGGUGGCGGAGGCCUGGCUUACCGCCCAGGAGCCCUUCAUCAGCAGCCAGGAGCUGGGCAGCAGCGUGGACGAGGUGGAGCAGCUCAUCCGCCGGCACGAGGCCUUCCGGAAGGCCGCCGCCACCUGGGAGGAGCGCUUCAGCUCUCUACGCAGGCUCACCACGGUGGAGAAGCUAAAAGCAGAACAGGGCAAGCUGCCUCCAACGCCUCUGUUGGGACGCAAGGUGUUCCUAGAUCCCCAGGAAACCUCCCCUGCUCGGAGCGCUAGCUCAUCGCUGUUGCGUCACACCAUCUACGAGCAGAUCGAGCCAAGACUCGAGCGGCCACCGGAAGCCACUUCCUCCGUGGCCCGGAGGCUGGGCUCCACUGUCGCUUCCUACACACCGGUCAUGAAUGGGGUGAAGUAUGGGACCAGCCUAGACCACCGCAGCGAACCUAAGGUAGCCUACGUCCGGCAAGAGUUGAAGCCCGAGAGACUGCGGCCCAAAAUCGACAACCUCCAUGACGGGCUGAGGCCCGCGUUGGAGGUCCGGCCGCAGGAGAAAGACAGGGAGACGCCAGGUCCAGCUGAGGUGACCCACGAGCCUGUGCUGGAGAUCACCGACGCAUCUCAGGUGCCACAUGGGGAACCUCGGGUAAGCCGCUCGGACCCCCAGGUGGACCACUACUACAAACGGGAGAGGGAGCGCAAGCUGGACCGGCAGACCUCCAGUGAACAGGAGAUCCAGGCCAGGCGAGACGAGCUUCCGUUGGAGAUCCGCAGGGAGCGGUACGAGAGGCGGCUGGAGAGGCAAACUUCCAGCGAGCAGGAGGGCCAGGCGCACCAGGAGCGCAGACGGGACAGGCACAGGCUAGAGAGGCAGGAAUCCAGUGAGCAGGAAACGACUCGGGAACAUUCGGACAAGCGUUCGGGAGGGGAGAAACGAUCCACACUGGCGGAUAUUGUGGAGCAGCUACAGGAGAGGGAGGCUGCUCAGGCCCAGGCCCGUGAAAGGGAAGGACCUCCACGUCUGCCCAAUGGCCUACCUGAACGGGCAACCAGGCCGGACCGGCCCCGAGCUCGAGACCGCCCCAAACCCCGCAGGAGACCCCGGCCCAAGGACCCCAACGCACCCCCAGGAGAGGCCCGGAGGUCCCGCUCCGCCCCAGCACAGAGCGGCUCGGCGCCUGCCGUCCCCCAGCCUCCCUCCCACACCGCCCAGCACGAGGGCUUCCUCUUCCGCAAGCACGAUGUGGAAAGCCAGAAGAAAAACUCCAACAGGUCCUGGGUGAACCUGUUCUGCGUGUUAUCCAAGGGGGAGAUCGGAUUCUAUAAGGACGCCAAGAACACCACGACACCUUACAACAGCGAGCCCUUGCUCAGCCUGAGCAGCUGCACCUGCGAUGUCACCAACGGCUACAAGAAGAAGAAAAACGUGUUCAAACUCAAAACGAAAGAUGGGAGUGAAUAUCUCUUCCGUGCUAAGGAUGAGGAGGACCUGAAAAACUGGACCACCAACAUCACAAAGAGCAUCGACGAGCACGAGGAGAUCGCCAGAUGGGGGCAGACCCAGCCUACUACCUCUUCCACGGACGAAGGAACGAGGAGGGACGGAGACAAAGGAGGAAAAGCGGACAAGGCAGACAAGUCGGAAAUAUCAGAAAAGACGGAGAAGGCGGAAAAGGCGGACAGACGCUCCAGUGUCUCGGGGAAGAAGAAAUGAGAGGGAGGUCACCUGCGGGGGCGGGGGAGGGGGGAGGGGUGACGGGCGUGGGGACGAACUUGCGGUGAUGCUCAGAUCCCCUCCCCCCCUACCUGAAUCGAAAUCAAAAGCAAAAAAAAAAAAAAAAAAAGGCGACCGGGAGCACGUAUAGCCGUCUGCAUCCCCAACUGUCCCCGUGUCUCCGGGAACAAGAGGCCAGAGUCGCAGAGUCGCAGAGCGAGCCCCGGCACCAGCUCUCUUCAACACCCUCUGCUUCGGGUGGCCCGAGUCCGAGUCGAAGCGGGACAGCCUGGUGGUACACUCGUACACUCCUCUGGCUAGGAAAGUACAAAAUCAAGGUUGUCGCCCCAGUAGCUAUCAAGAACGUUAGUUUUCCCUUAAAUCUAUCUAUCCGCCUAAUCUUGUAGUCCCAAGUAAGUUAGAAUCAAAUAAGGUAAGCUAUUGGAAGCUUGGCAAGCGUUUUUUCCUUCUUGCUCUUCCUUUCCUUCAUUUUUCCUCUCGCCGUCAUCUUCCUUCGUGUCGAAUUGGACCCGCAAGCGCAGGCCUGUCGACACGUGCAGGUGCUGCUCCCUCCCGCGGAGAGUUCCUCCUCCCCAAAGCCCGAGACACGCCGCCCUGAGCCGCGUCGGGAGUUCUCUAGGUCCAGGAAGGCCUCACCGGAGAAUCGAGGACCUCCGCCUGACGACGGAGGAGAGCUGGAAACGGAAAGCUCAGUGUGGCCCAGGUGGCAGACAGCCCCACCAAACGGCCUGAUCGAGUCGAACACCCUUCCCAUGAUUGUAAUCUUUCUUAUCCUUAACACUGGUUCCCUAGUGAAAAACAAAAAAAGCCUUUAUGCAGAUUCCAGCAUGACACACGCUACCCCCAAUCGAGCCUUUUUUAAAAAAAGCCAUAAGUCUUCCAUUUUCAGCUUGGCCAGUUUGUUGCAUUUGAACAGUGGCCUAUUGCUUCCUUGCACAAAGAAAGGUUAUGUUUUGACACAGGAAUCCCAUCUUGCAACAGGAAGGGGCAACGCCAAAAGCAGUCAAGCCUGCUUUAUUCCAUCAUCGCAAUCAUUACCAAAUCAGGGUCUAAAAGAACUUCAGUUAUGAGAAGAGUACUGUACGCUGGGCCAACCACCAUCAAACACGUCAGGGGGUGAGAAUCACACUAGCAAAGCACAGUCUGGAAUACUGCUUUCUUAAGUCUUUCUAAACUGGUUGGUAUUGCCCUGUUUUUGCACACUGGGGUGGGGUGGGAGACAUAUCAACAUCUUUCUCAAGAGAGCGUGUUGGAUGUUUCUUGUUUGUACAACAGGAAGAGGUGAGUGCUCUUUCGACAUGCUUACAUCCACACGGAGAUACAGCGUGGACAAGCGUAUGGCCAUUCAAAGCCAUCCCUGCAAAAGGUGAACCUUUGCAGAGCUGUAAUGAAAGCAACAAAUUGUCAGCCUCUUAUCGACUUCAGCUGAUGAAGGAUUGGUUCUGCAUUGCCCUUCCUAGACUCGUAGUUUUAUUGACUACUUGGUUUGUAGUGUUGCUGGUGCAUUCAAAGCAAAUGAUGAAAACUACCAUAAAGUCUACUUGUAGUUCAGCAUUUAGUGGUUAGUGCCACACCUAGCUGUAUGGCAAUAUGUAUACAAUGCAAAUAUAUUGUGACAAAAGCCAGACACUGAAUAUUUCUACAAGGAGUGUAGAAUUUAAAUACUUCUGAGGGAGGGGUUUUCAUAAUUAAUAUAACUCGUCUUAAGCAGCCUUUUCUGCUUUGUUUCUUCUCAGUACAUACCGGGGUGCAUUACCAUAUACCACAAGCAAAACAAUGCACGUCCAACACAAAAGCUUUUUGGGGGGUAAAAAUCGAAUUGCCACACGUUUGAGAAUCGCGAGGCAUACAGCACGAAGGACAUGCACAGCAGGUACCUGGAUCGGUGUUGUAUUCAGAGAAGUACAGAAUGCCUACAGCUCGGGAGCUAGCGGAGUAUUUCCAGCACGGUGAAGAGCAGAAAGGGUAGUCUGAUAGGAAUAUACAGCUCAUAUCAUAUCUCGUGUGUUACUGGUAUGCUUCUAGCGUACAGCGUCCUGUAGUCUUUUUUUUUUUUCCGGAUGCAAGUGUUAGGCCUUGCAUUUUCUUUCACACAAGUCAGCUUCAUAUGACUUAAGUGGGCACCAUGAAUACAUUAAGUAAAACUUAGAAUAUCUUUUUUUUUUAAAUGCCCAUCAAUUUUUAAAUCUCUCCUCCUUUAUGUCAACAAUUCAGUAGAUUUUUCUAUCUGUAGUAAUUAACAAGUUCUGCUACCAAAAUCAUUCGGAAAGAACCCGAAGGGGAAUUUCAUUGCUUUACAUAACAUUGGGCCCUGUACCCCAUGGAGUCUCAAAGAUGCACAAUCUUUGAUGCCUCGACUUCAGUCUUCUGAAAUGGAGCCAGCGGCAGGGCGUGACUGUGGCUCUGCAGGCGUUGUGCUGGCAACUGGACCAUGUCUGCAAUGCAAUUUUAAAACGGGCGACUCUUUGGAAUUACAUGGAAGAGAGCUGAGCAGACACAAGGUCCAUCUUUCUCACACGGUUGAUUUUAUCCUUUGUGUUUCUUUUUUAAUGAAAAAGUCAGACAAGCUCUAAAAGUCACAUUCUUCAAAAAGCAAGAAACGUCUUACUGUACUCAAGGUUUGGUCUUUUAUUUAAAGACGUGUAUUUCUGCUUGGAAAUGAUAAUUAUCUUGUUAAUUUCCUUGUUCAUAUUGUUAUUGGUACAAAGAACUACAAAAUGUUUUUCCGCAGUAUUCUCUUAAAGCUGUUAUGCAGUAGAACUUCUUUAGUCCUAUAAGAUUGAUGAUAAAGAAGCUAUGGACACAAUGAUAGUGAUGGUAUGACUAGAAAAUUUAUGCAAUUUUUCCUUUGCACUAAAAAGCGCUACCCCAUUGCACAGUGCUAAUGUCUGCAAGGCAAUGGUGAUGCAGGGUCAGUCCAAAAAAAGGCUCCUCUUUUUUUCUUGGUCAAAUCUGUCUGCCCUGUCCGUCAGAGACGAAUUGGGCUCUGCAUGUUUCAUUAAAAGGAAUUUGGCAAUUUGACAGCAAUUGACCAAGGACUCAUUCUAUUUGGUCAGAUGCAAAUACAAUGAGUAUAAAUGCUUUUUAUUUACAUGUGCCAUAAGCUCAAUGUUUACAUUUAGUGUGAAAUUGAACUUAUUUUCUAACCAGUGUUUAAAAUAAAUAAAACCCUAAAGUUUUUUUUUCUCCUCUACAAGCAACUGAACUGUUUUCUCCCCUUUAAUAUCCCAGUCAGAAACAAGCAACUAAAAUGUAUGGAGAUUGUGCAGUAGUUACUCAUUUCACUCAUAUGACUGUUUGUCUAGCUACUGUAAUGUUCACAUUAACAAUUCAUUGGUGUUACAACAGAAUGCCUUCGAUUGUUUUAAGCUUGCCAUGAAAGAGUACUCUCCCAAUUGAAAGAAUUGAAAGAUUCUAAUUAGAGAGGUUUGUAGCUCUACUGUACAUAUUCCUUUAUUCGGCAUGGAAUUCCAUAUGAUUCUGGUCUGUUUUAACAAGCAGUUUUUAAAGUAAAAAUUUCUAAAAAAGCUUUAAAAAAAAAAGGCUUUCCUCGAGAUCUGGGGCAAAUUGUCCAUUUUAAUGGCUUUUAUUUGGACUAAGAGGGCUAAGCCAAAGCAUAGAGCUGUGGUUGUGUUCCUUAAGCUGCUGCACCCUGAGAAGUGGCCGUGUCCCGAGGCUUCGGGCAGCUCUCUCUGGGGUUUCCACAGCUGGGAGAGUGGAAGGCAGAGCCCGGGCAGUCCAUGGGUGCUCACUAAUAAGGCACUCACACAGAACCCCGUCUGCUGUCCACACGGGGCUCCAAGCAGAACGUCAGACGUCUCGCUUUUUGUUGGAGAUGGUGGCCUUGUGUUGUAUGUGGCUCUUCCAGUACAUCCCCACCCUCCUCAACAUCUACAUUUUAUAGCUGAAAAAAUCAUCUCUAAUUACAGUAGAUAAUGAAAUGAAAGCACAAUUUUAUAACAUGUAGAUUGAAAUCUGGUGGAGUUUCUACAAGACAUUAGUCUAGAUACUUCCGUUUAUGCUUAGAUGUUAUUACUCUUACGUUUUUUAAAUACGGGAAUUAUCCUUACGUGUGGCAUGCCUUUUAGAGUCUUUUUUUUUUUUGCUUUUAAAAGGAAUUUUCAUAUAGAGCACGACCUCGCCUGCCCUCACAGUUAGUGCCAUGGACUUUCAGAGUAACCUCUACAAUUCAUUUUUUAAAAAUAAUAAUUUCUGUUAAAGAUAAGCUUGUGCUUCGGUUCCCAGCUUUGAAAACGAGCCAGUUGCUUUGAGUUACUCUUGACAGAAAACCAAGAACAAUAUUAGAACAUUGUCUUCUUGCAACAGCCUUCAUCAUUUGAUGAAGCUGAACAGACUGAACUGUCCUUCUUCAGGCUGUUACCAAUUUGUUUUUAAUAGCCAGUCUUAAUUGCAAUUGUCUUAAAAAAAAUACAUCCUUGUCUUUGAAUUUCUGCAAGGACUAACUGAACCCUGCACCACCAUUCCUGUGUAAGCAACCUACUUGAUUUUGUGCAAAGCUCCACAAGCUUAAAAAUCUGUAUAAAAAUGUAUUUGCUUCGGAUGCAUUCUGUAAAGAAGAAAUCCUUCCUUUUCUGCUGUAAAACAUUUUAAAAAUAAAACAUUUGACUUCUAACAAAUCUGAGGGUCAGAAACCAGGGUGGGGGGGGAGAGGAGUGUGUGUGGGGAAUGAGUAUGUGUAAAACAGAAGAAAAAAAAGGUUGCAUGAAUUAGUAUUAAAUCCCUACUCCUGAGUCGCUGUGCAUGUUUUUAAAAUGCGUUUUAUUGCCCUGAUGAUACAAUCAUUGUACAGUAGUGAGUUGGGGUGACAUGUAAGCCAAUGGAUGUAAUUAAUGAGCAAUGUAUAAAAUAGAUCAGACCUUACACUCAGUCAUUGCCUCUGUACAGUUAUCUCUGUGAAUUGAUAAAUACAAGUUGUGAUAUAUCAACAAGCCUCUUCAGUCGUUCAUUUUCUAGACUAACGGGGGCGAUGUGCAAGCCUCCGGUGGGAGAGAACAAACAGGAGCCGUUUCUUUUUGGUGAAGCUGACGAUUCCACACUGGGCCCCCCGCAGUUUGGAAAAGCAGAGGUUAACAACCAGGGCUCAGAGCAGCUGCCCCUUCGCAAGCAAGAGAAGGAGAGGAGGAUGGAGGACCGAGGGGGUUGAAACCAGUCCUACACCCCCACCCCAGCAGCGUUAGAGAGCAGGGUGGCUGCCCCCAGUAACACACUGCAUGCCGACGAAUGGUCACCAGCACACGGCUAGCCUGUCUCAAACCCCGGUCCAUGACAACAAAGGGUGUUAAAGUGAUCGUCCAAUUAUAGCUCAGAAAUAGGCCUCUGCCACAGGCGUAGUACAAUAGCUAGUGAAACAGCCGAGGCUUAAACCAGCACCCCUGCAAUCUCUUUUCACCAGUCAGUGAGAGAGGAGCAGAAGACCACCAUCCGUUCCAAGAUACCACCACUGGCGGAGAACAGGCAAGUUCGUUCUUCUUUUCAGAGCACAAAAUGGGCAUUUUGGGAAAAUCGUACACUUUUCAUUAUCGCAAUCACACACUUCUUAGAGCUUCCCCGUUAUGCAAUUUGCAAAACCAUUUCGCUUCUCGAAAAGAGUAGUGGUGUAACCCCGGUGUCCUGGCCA